AACAACCCCCGCGACUUGGCCUCGGGUUCUAUUGGUGGGGGGACCCAAAGCUUAGCAGGUAGCCUAAACAAACUCUUCCUAGGGCGGGUUGAUAAACCCAAGUCCCUACUAGGUGUUGAUAGAGCAGUAUAUAUACAACAGAGGAUAUUAUGAAGAACUGGGCGAGGGGAUAACAUUAGUAAACCAUCAUAUUAAUUUGGGCCUCAUUUCCCAUGGUGCACCAGAUCACCUAAUUGGACCAUUGCUUCAAGGGUCCCCUGCAAGUACGCCAGGCUGUGAAACCGCCGACCACAGCCGAUGGAUCAGCUAUAAAAUCUUAGCCGCCCCGGUUACCCUGGAUCGUUUCCCUCACCAAUUACGCCAUUUUGACAUGCCACAACCAUGAACUGGUCCCUCGGUACACUAUGGGUGGUGACCCUCUUCGUACUCCGCCUCGAUCGGAUUGCAGCGGCGACCUGUUACACACCCGAUGGAUACGCAGUGACCGACCCCAGAUAUAUACCAUGCAUAGCGAUAGACGGCGAAAACUCGAUGUGCUGCAAACUCAAUGAUACAAUGCCAGACACAUGUCACAGCACGGGUCUCUGCUAUUCGAGCCUGACGGGAUACUGGAGGGAUUUCUGUACCGAUAAGAACUGGGAUUCUCCAAAUUGCUUGAAGAAGACUGUUUGCGAUGAUGCAGCCGGAGGAAACUCGAACUGGACGGCGAGAGUCACAUCUUGCGGAGAUGGAUCAUGGUGCUGUGGCGAUACUAAUGAUUGCUGUUCGAAUGGCGGAGGAUUUACCCUGGGUUCACCUCUGGUCACAAUUGGUAGUAAUGCGACUGUCACUACCACGGUAACAGCAACCCCGCAAGACACCAGCAAGGGUUCCUCAGAUUCAUCUGCAAAGGUCGCGAUUGGAGUCGGGGUUGCAGUGCCAUUGGCAUGUCUGGCAUGUGGAAUGUUGGGAGUUGGAUUUUUCUGGGGUAGAAGAAGUGCGAGGCAGGCGCUGUCCCAGCCUGUAUUUCACAGGGUUGGCUCAGGCGCACUGGUGGUAUCGAAAACACCACGGGCAGAGUUGGGUCACGACCAGCAGGUCUAUGAGGUAUCAGGGAAUGGGCAAUCUUAUGAAUUACCUGCAACUCGGUGACCAUACGACUGUCUGCAUCGAUUAGCUAUGAGCUAUGGGUCAAUGGCUGGAUAUUCUAGAUUCCCUACGCCCGUGCUAGCAUACGCUAGUAGUCCUAAUUAUAUCAGUUUUCUGAGACAAUCGCCACCACGAAGUUCCGCUUCAUGUACAACUACGAUUAGUCUACAAGAUUAAUUAUUCAUGAUUAUAACAGGAAAGAUGUUAUCGAAUAGCAUAUCAAAU